AUGAGAGUAGGCCUUUCUUCUGCAUACUGGGAGAACUGGCAUUACUGCUCAAUCACAACAGUUUUUCUAGGGAAUCUGUUAUUUGGGACCACAAUGAAAAGUUAUGAGAAUGAUCUGGUAACUGACAAGCUUCCCAAGCUCAAGAGCUCAAGAGAAUGGCUGGAGCCACAACCACUUUCUUUUAUGGAGGUAUUAGCUAAGGAAGAUGUUGAUGCAGCUAUUCAAUCAAUAUUAUAUAGAGAAAACUAUAUAAUCAAGGAAUUAGAUAAGUGUUUAAAACAUCAUGACUUCCUAAAUGCAAGAAGAAAAGAGAUAUUGUAUAAAAGAUGGGUUGAUCAUGUGGCAGAUCCUCUCCAGAAAAAAAUUAUAGAAAAAGUCACUUCAUGUAAGAAGAUUAAAAAAAGGAGACAAGAAGAAUUAGAUGGUUUUUUAAAAUAUGUAAAUAAAAAGGGAAAUGCAUUUAUAGAGCAUUAUGAUCCGAAAGAGUAUGAUCCUUUUUACGUGAACAAAGAGGACCCGAAUUUUCUGAAGGUUACCAUCCCACCAUUUCGUGACCCUUUGAAAAAGGCACAAUAUGACAAAGAUGAUGGGAAAAGAAUUCUUCUUCAGUGUGAGACUGGCAAAAUAUAUACAAUGAAAGAAUUUAAAGAGGUUGAGAAGGCCAAACUGCAUUCCAGAUUCCCAGGAAUUUCUAAUUCAAGGCAUUUAAUGACUCCAAAUGAGUGGAUUAGACUGCCUCCAAACUACAUAGAAAGUGAAUUUUGUAAAAGGAGCAGGUUAAAAAUAAAAGUGAAUUUUAAUGAAAGCAGUUUUGACUUGAGACCCUCGGCAAGAACUCCUCAUCUGGAAUUCCAAAAAGAAGAUAAAGCAGUUAUUUAUAAGUAAGUCUGCUAUUCCAUGGCUUUGUUCUUCUUUCAUUUGACAUGCUUGACUGCCACCACCUGCCAUCAUUUUAAGUUACUGGAGUCAGUCCUGAGGAAUAUAGCAGACUUUCGUGGCCAGACA